AUGCGAUUAGGUCAAUUACCGGCUUUCGUAAAUCCCCUCGCCUUGUUGCGCCUGGAUAUAACGCGUAUCUUCUCCGCUUGCGCGAGUCCUGGUUCCGUCCACCCGCACCACGCAUUCGUGCUUCCGCCAGCUGCCCGUUGCCCCUCUUCGCUUCCCCAGAUGCUUCCGCAAGGGCAUCCGCCCCGCGCCCUUGCGCAGGGCUCCGCGCACCUAUCCGCACUGCACGUCCCUCCACGUGUUCCGCCAGGAAGGGGAUCAAGAGGUCCGGCGGAGGAGGGCAGCAGGGGGAGUUACCGGGGGGGCGGGAGGGACGGAGGGGAGAGACGUGGACGUGGGGACGACAGAGGGGCGGAGCGAGACGGAUACGCGGCUUAUGGGGAUGUGGUGCAGCGAGGUAGUUACGCGGGGGGGAGAGAGGGCGGUUAUGGCGACGAUCGGGGGCCGGAGCGAGGCGCAUAUGAGGCGUAUGGGAAUGUGAUGGGGCGAGGUAGGUACGGGGAAGGAAGAGAGCGUGGAUACAGUGGCGAGAGUGGGCGUAGAGGGACGGCUUUUGAGUCGACUCGUAGGUCAUAUGGGGAUGUGAGGGGGCGAGGUAGCCCUGGGGAGGCGAGAGAGCGCAGUUACAUUGGUAAGGAUGGUCGUAGAGUGGAGGGGGAGAGGGAGCGGCGGAGGGGAGAAUGGGAGGGGAGGGAGGGGAGGGAGGGAGAGAGUUGGAGGGGAGAAAUGGAGGAGCUUGAGGGGGAGAGAUGGAGGGGAGGAAGGGAGGGGGGUGCGGGGGAGAGGAGGCGGACAACUAGAGAAGGGAGCAGGUGGCAAGGGGCGCAUGGGGGUGGAGGGUUCAACAAGGGUUCAGGCGAGGUUGAAGGUUUAGGGAGAAACCAGGGAAGGGUUUUAAGUUCCCAAUCUAACAGGGAAAUUGCAGGGUCGGACGGGGACGGAUAUGAGGACGAGCUGUUUGGGUGGUCGUCCGCUGCUGAUGACUUGGAGGCACAGCUGCAGAGGGAGGAGCGGCGAUCCGUGUAUGUCCCGAGGGGGCCCAGAGGCGUGCAGCAGCAGCAGAGACAGAGGAGUGGGGAGGGGGACAGGUAUGAGGACGAGCUGUUUGGGUGGUCGUCCAUUGCUGAUGACUUGGAGGCACAGCUGCAGAGGGAGGAGCGCCGGUCCGUACAAAACUGGCUGGGCCUAUCCGGACGGAAAAAGCCGCUCUCCGCCGCCCAGAAGGACCAGUUCUUCAACGUCGCGCCGCCCGAAGGCGAUCCCGAAAUCGCCCCUUUAGAUCCGCACUUCCCCUUCCAAUACAGCUACUCCGAGACCCCCUCCACCCCCCCCAUCGGUUACCGCGAGCCCCCCUUCUCCCCCUUCGGCCCCGCUACCAUGUCCCGCCCCUGGACCGGGCGCGCCCCCCUCAAAAAGGCGAAAAAAGGUGGCGGGGCGGGGAAUUUACCCCGGGUGAUUCCGGAGUUUGACUCGUUUGUGGCGCCGAGGCGGAAGAGGGGGAUGAAGGGCGUGCAGCCCCCGGGGCCGUUUGGGGAGGGGGAGGGGCCGCGGUAUGUGCGGACACGAGAGGAGGUGCUGGGGGCGCCGCUGACGAGGGAGGAGGUGGAGGAGAUGGUUGCAGACUGCAAUAAGGGGCGAAGACAGGUGAACCUAGGUCGAGAUGGGCUGAUCCACAACAUGCUGGAGCUGAUUCACACGCACUGGAAGCGGCGGCGGUGCGUGAAGGUCAAGUGCAAGGGCGUGCCCACCGUUGACAUGGACAACGUGUGUCACGUGGUGGAGGACAAGACGGGAGGCAGGAUCAUCAAACGACAGGGCGGCACCCUCUACGUGUUCCGCGGGCGCAACUACAACUACCGCCUGCGCCCGCGCCUGCCGCUCAUGCUGUGGAAGCCCCCUGCGCCCAUCUAUCCCAAGCUCAUCCAAGACGCGCCUGGGGGGUUGACUCUGAGGCAGGCUCAAGAGCUAAGACGCAUCGGCAGGAAGAUCAAGCCACUCUGCAAGCUGGGCAAGAACGGAGUGUACCACCGGCUGGUGGGCGUGGUGAGGGCGGGGUUUGAGGAGGCGGAUCUGGUGCGAGUGGAUUGCAAGGGCAUGAACAAGAGCGAUUACAAGAAGAUUGGUGCGAAGCUGCGGGUGAGUGGAGUGUUUGGGAGUUUAUGUGUGGCCCUCUCAUUGGCCUCGCACUGCACCCUCUUGCCUCCUCUCACCCUCUUGCCUCCUCUCACCCUCUUGCCUCCUCUCACCCUCUUGCCUCCUCUCACCCUCUUGCCUCCUCUCACCCUCUUGCCUCCUCUCACCCUCUUGCCUCCUCUCACCCUCUUGCCUCCUCUCACCCUCCUGCCUCCUCUCACCCUCUUGCCUCCUCUCACCCUCUUGCCUCCUCUCACCCUCUUGCCUCCUCUCACCCUCUUGCCUCCUCUCACCCUCUUGCCUCCUCUCACCCUCUUGCCUCCUCUCACCCUCUUGCCUCCUCUCACCCUCUUGCCUCCUCUCACCCUCUUGCCUCCUCUCACCCCUUGCUUCCUCCCCACCUCCUUUCCUCCUCUCACCCCUGUGCCUCUUCUCAUCCCCUUCUCUGUGAUUGGACCCCACCAGGACCUGGUGCCAUGUGUCCUCCUCUCAUUCGACAAGGAGCAGAUCCUCAUGUGGCGCGGGCUGGACUCCAAAGAACCUUCCUCUGAAUCUUCCCCCAAAGCUUCCUUUGAAACUUCCACAGUGGCACUGGCAGAAGCAGCCAUUGCAGGUUCAGUGGCAGAGGGGGGGGGGAACAAUCUGGCAGGAAGUAUUUCAGGGGGGUUGGUGGGAGGUGGGAAUGUGGGAGUGGAGGCUGGGAUGGAAGGAGGGGAGGUGGGAGAGAGGCAGGGAGGUGUGUGGAAGUUUGAUGUGGAGGAUGAGGGGGAGGUGGAGGUGAGUGUGAGUGUGGAUGCAGAUGGUGUGAUGGUGGGUAGGAAGUUGUGGUGCCUUUUCGUGAUCGCGCUCCUACUAUGUGCGUCCAUCCACGCCGCCGACGCGAAGAAAAAGAAAAAGGUAGUAGUGGAGGAAGAGGAGGCAGCUGACGAGGGAAGCGCCGCGGCUGAGCAGAGCGACGAGGGAGACGCAGAAGAGAAAACGACCUCCAAAGCUUCCAAAUCCGACGCUGAAGCGUCAGAGGAUGAAGACGCAGAGCCGCCUGCGAAACCCUUAAAGUCGUCGAAAAAAGCCAGCAAGCUCAAGAAGGCAGCGGAGGAGGACGAGGGGGAGGAGAAGGAGGAAGCAGCAGCAGACGCCGACGAGGCUGAUGCCCCUGCUCCGAAAAGGGUAAAGUCUGCAAAGAAAGCGAGCGACGACGAAGAGGAGGACGCAGACGCUGCACCUGUCGCUAAGAAAAAGGCUGCAGCGGACGACGAGGAAGCUUCCGCGGAAACGGAGGACGAAGAGGAAGCUCCUGCGGCGAAAAAGAAGCCUGCAGCAAAAAAGAAGGCUGCAGCCGCGGAGGAGGAAGGUGGGGAAGAUGAAUCAGCCGAGGAGGAGGAUAAGCCGAGCAUGGCCGCUGCAGCUAAGGCCGCCAGCGCGAAGGAAGCGGCUACAGAAGAGGACGAGGAAGCAGAGAGCGAGAAGGUAACGGCGACUGAAGCCGAUGAGGAGAAACCCGCUGGUGCGAAAGCUGCGAAGGGCGGCGUCGCGGCUGUUUCUAAGGAGCCGCCUAUGGAGUCGCCGAAAGUCCCAGUCUCGGCGUGGAAGUCGAAAAACCAGACGCGCGACGACAUUGAUCCGCAAGGUGCUUGCAAGCGGGACAUCACGCUUCACUGCCAGGGGAUUACGCCCGGCGAGGCUCAGCUGUCGCUGUGCCUCGUCUUCCACAUCAAGAACGAGAAGGCUGGCAACGAAGUCGCCACGAUCAUGGUGUCCAAGAAGUGCCGAGCGGAGAUCCGGCAGUUCCGCUCCGACAUGUACAGGGACCUCUCAAUGGACAAGGCAAUGUCGACGGCGUGCAAGGCGGACAUCACCAAGUUCUGCGACGACGACUUCCUCUAUCCCGAACCCGGCAACAUCAUUGCUUGCCUCAGGGAGGUGAAGCAGGUGGAGAAGCUGCAGGACGCGUGUCUGGCGGAGGUGCUGCGGCACCAGAUGGAGGCGGCGGACGACUUCGUGAUGGACCCGCAGCUCCGCGAGCUCUGCAGCGGCGAGGCUGACCGCCUCUGCAAGGGCGUCGAGCCCGGGGAAGGCCGCAUUCAGAACUGCUUGAGGGAGCACCGUGCGAAGCUGGCGUGGGAUUGCCAGGCGGAGCUGUUCCGGCAGGAGGUGGAGAACGCCGAUGACAUCCGUCUAAACGUUCGCCUCUUCCAAGCGUGCCUGAACGACCAGCGCAAGUUCUGUGCAGAUGUGAAGUAUGGAGAUGCGCGUGUGAAGGACUGCCUGGAGGACCAUCGCCUCGACGACGAGUUCUCCCCUGGCUGCAAGACGGAGUUUGAGAAGAUGAUGGCGCGGAGGGCGACGGACUUCAGGCUGGACUCGCGCCUGCGCAAGUACUGCAAGGGCGACAUUGCCGAGUGCCCAGUUUUGUGUCAUGGUGGGGGUGCUAGAGGUGCGUGCAAGAGGAGCAUUGCAGAGGUGCGUGGGUGGGGGGGCAUGGCAUACACCUCUCCCCUCUCCCCUCUCCUCUCUCCCCUCUCCCCUCUCCCCUCUCCCCUCUCCCCCCUCCCACUCCUUCACCCCCCCCCCCCCUCCCCUCCCUCCCUUUUCCCCCACCUCUCCCUGCAGAUCUGCUUCCCGGAUGCGGAGGACAUAUCGGACAUCUGCUACCCGGAUGCGGAGGACAUAUCAGACGUGGCGAACUACGACGCCAAGGUGAUCCAGUGUCUGCAGGACUACCGAGACGAGCUCAAGGACCCCAAGUGCAAGGCGCAGGUGCACAAGCUCACCGAGAGGGAGAUCGACAUCCGCUUCAACAAGCCGCUCGCCGACGCCUGCCAAGGUAAUCCCGUGCUGCUCGCCUGCCAAGCUGAUCGCACAACGGUGUGCAAGGAUGCACCGGACGGGCAGGCGUCGGUGUUCAUGUGCCUGCAGGACCACAUGCCGCAGCUCAAGGAGGCCUGCCGCAACUCUGUCUUCGAGCAGUUGGUGCGCAUGGCGGAGGACAUAGACUUCAAGUUCCCCAUGAAGAAGGCGUGCCAGUCGGAGCUCGACAAGUUCUGCAAGGACGUGCCCCACGGCCACGCAUCGCGCAUCAAGUGUCUGCAGGACCACAUUGACGACGCUGAUUUCGGAGAGGCGUGUCGCAAGGAGGUGCAAUCGGACCUCGUGCGAUCGGCACAAGACUACCGGCUGAACUACCGGCUGCACAAGGCAUGUCUGCCGGACAUCCAGCAGCAGUGCCUGCACGCGUGCGACGCCGCAUCAGCCAACGGCACGGCCACGUGCGGCGGCAUGGUGCUGCGCUGCCUGCAGGACAACAAGGCCAAGCUGCAAUCGCCCUCCUGCGCCCAGGAGGUGGACUCCUUCAGCGUGAUUCAGUCCAAGGACCCCCUGUCCUUGGAUGUGCCGCUGCAGAAGGCGUGUGAGGGGGAUCUGGUCAAGCUGUGCCCGGAUGUGAGCCGGGACCACGCUCGCACGCUCUCGUGCCUGCGGACCAAGAGGGAGAAGCUGUCGACAUCGUGCCGGGAGGAGGAGAUGCGAUUCAGCAUCAUGGAGGUGGGUGCUGGGUGGUUCUGUGCGGUGACCGGGUGUGUGGAGGUGUGGGCAUCGGACAUUCGCCUCACACCGUCACUCAUGAACGCAUGCGGCCAAGAGCUGCAGAGUCUGUGCCGUGACGCGCCCCCCACGGAGGGGCAGGCGUUCAAGUGUCUGCAGGAGCACCUGCAGGACGUGGGCAUGGGCGCGGCGUGCAAGGGCGAGGUGAACCUGCAGGAGGCGCGGCACGCCUCCAACUACCGCCUGGACGUGCGUGUGCGCAAGGAGUGCGAGGACGACGUCACCAAGUUCUGCAACGGCGUGGACGCGGGGCAGGAGGGCCAUGCGCUCGUGCUCAAGUGCAUGGUCGGCAGCUUCAAGAGCCUCUCCUCCUCCUGCCAGUCCGAGGUGUCCUAUGCGGUGCGCAUGGCCCUCUUCCAGUACCACAAGGGAGCAGCACUCACGCAGCCGUGCGACACAGCAGUAGAAGAGCUCUGCAACACCGGCAGUGCCGCUGCUGCCACCACGCCCGUCAAAGAGAUCAACGGCGCUGUCAUCGGUGUGUACGGGCAGUGCCUCGUGUCGCAGAAGCGCCAGCGCCUGCCGGAGGAGUGUCGCACGCUGGUGAAGCUGGUGGCCAAGGAGGGCGCGUAUGUGGGCGGCACCGUGGACCAGAACAAGCUUGAGGAGACACUCAUGAAGCUCAAGGCGGUGAGGCCCCUGGUGGGACGGGAUGAAGUGAACCGUGGUGUGAUGGGCGCGUAUGUGGGCGGCACUGUGGACCCCAACAAGCUCGAACAGACCCUCAUGAAGCUCAAGGCACUACAGGAGGCUGCAACAGCAGCGACAACAGCAGACGGUGGGAGGGUGGUCCCUCACGACACAGGCCUCGUGAUUUCCGGCUGGCUGGCUGCUGCUGCCCUCGCAGCCGUGGUCAUUGUCGCCAUUGCUAUCAGCUGUGCUGUCUACUACAGGUUCUUUAGCCCCACUCGCAACUACACUCUGGUUGUUAAGUCCGCUCCUGGUGCUGUUGGGGUGUAG